AUGCUUCAACCCAAGACACCCACAUCUACAGAGACCACAGCUUCUACAACUCCUAAGGUACUAAUCAUGGUGGUAUUUCUGGUUGAGAAACAACUUAACCUUCAACUCCUUAUGUUGGUUGAAGAAAAAAUGUACCAAGAACUUCAAUCUUUUUGAAAGAGGCUCUACCGCUGAAUAAAAAAAUUGUCAUACACAUGUAGGCUACCGAAUGUUAGCCAGAGAAUAUGUCAUAAUAGACGGAGAAUUCUCCAAUCUCCGAUGCAUAAUGAACCCCCUGCUGAAGGUUUUAGGAUUAUGGCUAGGUUUGUGGUUACUUUUCUUGAUUUCACUCAUAAAUAUUUUGCUGUCUUCAUAUCAGACAUCAUAUUAGUUAACAUGUCUAAUAACUUUGAAAUCUGUGGAUGAAACAGAGUGUUUCAUUUGCAGGUGCGCAGGAGUGCAAGUAAAAUUAUUUUUGUACAAGAACAUGUGUAGAUCCAGUUUGGUCAAGUUUCACGUCAUUAUAAUUGCUUAUAAACGUGGAUAUCUUUAAUCAUUAUUACAUCCUAUAAAUGACCCAACGAUCACCUUCACUUGUAUUUUGCCAUUGUUUUCUGGCAUUUUAAGUUCUUCACUGUCUGUUGUCUAGAAUAAUCAGACUCAACUGCAAGAACUUGCAGUUACCAUUCAUCAGCUCAGAUUUGCCCUCUGAGAGACUGUAAGACACUACUUUCAUCUUACUGCUACAUGCAAGUAAGAUGAUAGGUAUCAAUAAAAGAAAUCAUGCCUUUUGUGUUUUUCAAAACACAGAGUAUAUCAGCUCUUGGUAGAAGAUCAUGUGGACUGCGAAGGCCAUCAACUCCAUUUGUGUCACCUGUGAUGAAACGUCCCUAUGAGGGGAGUAGCAAGGUAGAAUACAGUCAACUCUCUCUAAGAUGGACACCUUUGGGACUGGCACUAAGUGUCCUUCUUAGAGAGGUGUCCGUCUUAUAGAGAGUCAAAUAAAGGGAGUAAAGAAAGGCGGGGACCAACUCUAGGUGUCCGUUUUACAGAGGUGUCCGUUAAGAGAGAGUCGACUGUAAUAAUUAUAUUGAUAAUGACAAUAGCAAGCAGAAAAAUGUACAGCACCUUGUUGGGGUUUUGUGUGCCUCAUGUGAAGGGUUGCAACAUAAAAUUAUUGAGUACAAUAAGGUUGGGCUCUAAUAAAGUUUUGAAGGGAGCCCACACCUUUCAUGGAAAAACUAGGAUUUCCUAGUCACUUAAAGAUACAACUGUUAGUUGCUAAGGGCAACUGAGCACAGCUGGGAUUAUCAUAUCUGAAACUGUUUCAUUGGAUAAAAAUCUUCUUGAAUUCAAUAAUAUUAUUUAUAGUGUAAACAUGUAGCAAGAGAGACACUAAUUUCGUUACCUUGAGAUGAUUAUAAACCACGGUUAAACACUCAAAUUAGAUGUCUUAUUUUACAUCUCAGACCCAAGAUUUUGACAAGGCACAAAACUCAAUAGAACACUUUUGUUGUGCUUGGAAAAAAUUGCCUUAGUUGGAACCUUUUGUCAGCACUGGGAAAGUCAUAGUGUUUAGAAAUAAUUAUAUAGUUUAGUUACAGUCAAAACUCAAAAAUUAUCAGUAAAUCACUGCAAACAAAACCUCUAUUAAGCAACUCUUUGUGGUGUUAAAGGUGCCAAAUUUAUAAGCAUACUGCUCUCAACAAAAUGGAAACGUAGCAUGCACAAUCUUAAACCUAAAUAACUUAAAAUAAUAAUCUUAAAAUGUCGUUACUUUGCAGGAAAUUUACAAUACACCUAAAAGAAGCAGGCAAGAUUAUGGAAACACUUUGUUAAAGGCACCAACGGACUUGUGUUCUAAGAAAGGCGAUCAAAAUGAACAUUCACAUGAGUUACUUGCAAGAAAAAGAGAGUUAGUAAAAAUCAUCCAAACAAAGGAGGAAUCUUUGAGAAAACUAAAACUUGUCAAGAUGUACAGGAAUAAG